UGCCUUGUUUGCAAGUAGAAAGUAGAAGAUGAUUUUUGGGGGGCGUUGCUUUAUGUAUUUAAACUGAUUUUAUGAUGUUCAGCGAUAUGUAGCUCUCAAAGUACAGAAGAGUGCUCAGCACUACACUGAGGCAGCCAUGGAUGAGAUUACAAUCUUGAAACAGAUUGCAGAGGGAGACCCCGAUGAUAAAAAAUGUGUGGUGAAGCUUUUGGAUCAUUUCAAGCACUCAGGACCUAAUGGGCAGCAUGUCUGUAUGAUUUUUGAGUAUUUGGGGGAUAAUCUGUUGACACUAAUCAAGUAUACUGACUACCGUGGAUUACCAAUUCAUAUGGUUAAGGAGAUAUGUUUUCAUAUAUUGAUUGGCUUGGAUUACUUGCAUAAACAGCUCUCUAUUAUACAUACUGAUUUGAAGCCUGAAAAUAUUUUGUUACUAUCUAUGAUUGACCCAUCAAAGGAUCCUAGAAAAUCUGGUAUCCCACUCAUUCUUCCAACUAACAAGGACAAGGCUACAUUUGAGUCUGGGAUUUCAAAGGACAUCAAAUUUUCAAAUGGAGAUUUGACUAAACAUCAUAAGAGAAACAUUCGAAGAAAGGCAAAGCAAGCUGCUCAGGGGUGUGUGGAGAAGGAAAUGACUGCGGAGGCUGAGGCUAAUCCAGAAACAUCUUAUACUGUUGAAUCAUCUCCAAAUGCAAAGUCAAGCGCAGGUGCAACUGAGGAAAGGCAAUCUAGUUCUUUCAAUACAAACAGAUCAUCUGAUGCAGAUGGAGGAAAAGGCAGUGGGGAAGAAAAUCAAGUUUCCAAGAAAGGGAGUCGAUUGAGAAAGAAGAUAUUAAUUGCUUCGGUGGAUCUGAAUUGCAAGUUGGUUGACUUUGGAAAUGCAUGUUGGACAUACAAACAGUUUACAAAUGACAUUCAGACUAGACAGUAUAGGUGCCCAGAAGUUAUCCUUGGAUCGAAAUAUUCUACAUCAGCAGAUCUUUGGUCCUUUGCAUGUAUUUGUUUCGAGCUUGCAACUGGUGAUGUUCUUUUUGAUCCUCACAGUGGUGACAACUUCGACAGAGAUGAGGACCACUUAGCUUUGAUGAUGGAACUUCUUGGAAUGAUGCCACGCAAGAUUGCUUUCGGUGGUCGCUAUUCUCGAGAUUUCUUCAAUCGAUAUGGAAAUUUGAGGCACAUCCGAAGGUUACGUUUCUGGCCACUAAACAAAGUUCUGAUGGAGAAGUAUGAUUUCAAUGAACAAGAUGCAAAUCAAAUGGCGGAAUUUCUAGUACCAAUUCUUGAUUUUGUUCCAGAAAACCGACCCUCUGCAGGCCAAUGCCUUCUUCAUCCAUGGAUGAAUGCUGGGCCUCGGUUAUUGGAACCAUCCCUGAAUCCCUCGGCGUCUGAGGAGAAGAAGGGGAAGGAAGAUAUGGAGGCAAUGGAGGUUGGAAUGAGAAAAAUUGCCAUUAGUUCAGAUUCUGAACAAGCUAAUGAUUCGCAGGAGUCCAAGUUCAAGACCAGCCAAAGCAAUUCCUGAAGUUGGUCUCUGCUCCUCCCCAUCUUUCUUGUGUGGAUUUAUCAAUGGUGGUUGGGAUUCUACUGAGGAAAGUGAUCAAAAGAGCCGAGUGAAGCAAUGGCUUACUUUAACAGUGGUGAAACAGAAGCUCCAACAACUCUGAGUGAGAAACUUGUGAUUACAAGUAUGAACACAAGGCUUGGGCUGGGAAUGUGGUGGAACAUGAAGUUUAUUUUAAUGAAGCUGAAUGAUAUAGCGGUCUGGCUAGUGUGGAAUCCAGAUGGGUGGUUUACUGGGUUUGGUAUUCCUACAGUUCAAAAAUAAUUUUCAAUUUCUUUUUUACCAUUUAAAAAAAAAAAGAUAUUCCUUGUAUUCAGAUGGUCUAGCGUGGGGUCAGCAUGCUUUCCAGUACAAUGUGAUUUAUUGGUUUGUAUAUUGAUUUCGUUCAUAUAAUAUAUAUAUCCAAGUUAAGGAAAGGAAAAA